UCAGGCAUACAAAGCAUGGAAAGGUUCGAGUCUGCUCCAGGCAAACACGAUGGCGCUGAUGUCCAAGCAAGUCCGGGCGAUGAUAGCCAGUCACCCGGGGUUCGGACUCAGGAUCGCCUCUUUUGAUGCGGAUAUGGCUUGCUACAGACACUCUCCGCGACGCCGAUCUCGAGGUCCUCUAUAUCAAGCGAGCCGAGCGGCUGGGAGACCGGUGGAGCGGGCAUACUGCAUUUCCGGGUGGCAAGCAGGAGCCUGGGGAAACCGAUAUCGAAACGGCGAUCCGAGAGACGCAAGAGGAAAUCGGCCUGGACUUGCAGGAUGGAUUUGUCUCGCUCGGGGCUCUCGAUGAUCGAGAGAUCCAAGAUCCGACGGGCCGUACCGUGUUGAUGGUUCUCUGUCCGUUUGUGUUUUUGCAGAUAUGUAGAGCAACACCGCCGCUGCAGCUGCAAGAGUCUGAGGUAGCAUCGGCCCACUGGGUGCCCAUCGACUUCUUUUUGACCAGAGCCAGACAACGGAUCCGCGAAUGCCGAUAUCGGAUUCCCAGGCCUCUGUCGCGCUUGUUCUUCCCAGAGCCUCGCUCACGGCACCGACGCACCCAGCAAGCCGCAAGCCCGAUUCCGACCUUGGGCUGGAAACAAGUCAUGCUCCGGCAAAUGAUUGACGUUUCCGUGGGAGAACUGAUCUACUUUGGUAUCUGGCUUCCCAGCGGUGACCCUGCCGAGCCAGCCGAUCGAUCCAGACUGGGGCUCUGGGGUAUCACGCUGCGGAUCACUCGCGAUCUGCUCAAGAACCUGGACGAUCCUCUGGAGCAAUAUGUGUCGGUGGGAUUCAGCCACUAUGAUAUGCAGCUGGUCCUGAGCAUGGCUCUCGGGGCGAAACAGCUGGCUGGUUUCCAUCAAGAAGGCAGCGAGCUGGAAACCGUCCGACAGGCGGUGUGGAUUGGAGCGGCCUGGCGAGCGGGACUGGGGGCGGUGAUGUGGAUCUGGGCAGGCUGGCUAGCACACCGACGAUGUCAGGCAAGGCUGUAGAGUCGAUGUGAUGGCAAAUGGGACAUCCAGUCUCUUGGCCAACCAAAUAAUUAGUUGCCUCGUAACAUCGCCCUGGCCAUGAUCAUCAGGAACAGGUUGCCUCCAUCUUCAGCACUCGGGGAGCGACCGCGGUCUUCGCUCGGAGGUUGGCGAGGUG